AUAACAGAUAUUUUAAAAACUAUCAUUUUAAUACCUAUUAGAUAUUGUUAGGGAAUCUGCGUAGACAGUAACUUGGGCAAAGCAGAGAUAAAUCCGAUCGAAGAAAACUAGGCAACGACAAGGCAAAUAUGUUCUACAAUCUAGCAAAAUUGACGCUUAUCACUUUAGUUUCGAACUACAUCGAUGCAUAUGAAUUUAAGAUUGAUCUUCCAGAUAGUGCGAAGUCUGAAAUUGAAACAUGCAUUCAAAGGUCUAGAAUGUCACCGGCUAUAGAUCGGCAAGCAGAAAUGGCUUGUGGCCAUGAAUAUUUCGAGAAACUUGGGCCAAACAAUCUUACAGAUGAUGAUUGGGCAAUUUUUGAAGAAGUGAAGGAUGACAGUUUCGGCCACACGCCUCCAUCCUUUGGCAUAAGCAUAAGACGAGAAGUUCGCACAUUGUCAGAGGUCGAAUGGCAAAAUGUGGUAGACGUUUUCCGAGAAUUAUACGAUACAGGAGUUCUUCAAUCAUUUGGACGUUUGCAUGGGAAGGUGAAAUUAAGGGCUCACAAGGGAGGUGCAUUUUUACCAUGGCACCGGGUCUUCCUUGCUCACUUUGAACAAGAAAUGAAGAAAAUUAACCCGAGUGUAUCCUUACCUUACUGGGACUAUACAAUUGACACAGAAAUAGUUCAACCUUUUGAAGCUGUGUUGUGGACGCCAUGCUUUUUUGGAGAAAAAACCGGUACUGUCAGAUCAGGUUCUUUCAAAUUAAUGUACGGUGCUCAUGGCUCCGUUCUGUCGAGGAAACUGGCGGAUAAGGCAUAUUCUACAAGGUUGAUCAACAAAAGAGACAUUCAAAACUUAAAAGGGUUUUGUAGUUUUAAGGACAUAACAACGGGCAUUUUAGAAGAUAAAAAUGAACGUAAUCUUGAAACUCUACACGAUAGCGUACAUGACUACAUUGGAGGAGAUAUGGGUGUUGUUGAAAACUCGGCGUACGAUCCGAUAUUUUGGUUUCAUCAUGCAUUUAUUGACUAUAUAUGGGAGUCAUUUAGGGAGCAUCAGACAGAAAAUUGUGGCCACAUAGACAUUGAAACAGAUUACAGGCCAAAAGAUGACAUUGGAUGGAAGAACAUUAUAGGACAAGGCCACGAAGAUGCAUUAUUUGGUUAUAGCCACUUGAAGACAGUAGAUGGACUCUGGCGGAAUUGGACACAAAUGUUUUAUAAAUAUGAGCCCCAACCUGCCUGUGACAGUACGUGCAGUGGAGAGUAUCUUUACUGCGAUGACCAAAAACGAUGUUUAUCUCGAACAGUAGAGGCUUGUAAAAAGGAAUUCUCGACACGAAAUAAACGUGAAGUGAAUGUCACAGAUCAGCUUGUACCACAAAUACCUUGUGAAUCUGGGACGAAAAUAGUAGGUCUUAAAGGCGACGGUAGGACAAUAAAAACAUCUAAAGAGGAAUGUGAAAAGAUUUUGCAAAGCAAAGAACAGAUUGCAGAAGAACCCAGACAGGAAGAAAGUAAAAAUACAUCUGCUAAAAAUUUUGGAUUUGUUACACUUGGAGCGGUUGCUUCUAUUGGAUUUGUAGUAAUAGUGAGGCAAAUUAGAAAGAGAAGGAGUUAACUAUGAUAAUAUAACUCGCAAAUGAAUUAUUUUCAUCUUAUCUUUGAUAAUGUUGUACAUACAAGAAAUAUUUAACACGUGUUAAUCCGAUCUAUCUCGACAAGCCAAUCAUAUGAAUUUAAUUUUGCAUGCUCCGGAUUUAUGAACUUUGGUGUGUGCGUGCGUGUGUGUGUGUGCGUGUGUGUAUAUUGUUUUUCCCAUUUGUUUGGUUAGCUGUUAAUGAUGUCUGACAUAAUGUCCGGUUUCUUAUAUGUAAAUUUAUAAUUGUAUGUUAAGGUGCAAGAGCUAUAUUUACAUUGAGACGCAAUUUUGAAUGAACAGAAACCGAUAUCUAAAAUCAUAUUAAAACAGCUAAGUUUUGUGCAAUUCUUAAAACUGGCUUUUUUAGGUAUUUACUAUUUUUGUUAUGGUUGUCACACAUUCGUGAGAAAUCUUGUGUGAGGGCUUCAUCUAGUUACAAAUGUCUUUGUCAACAGCAUUAGCAAAGUGUUUGGUAAAAUUCGUGAAUGAUGGUAAAUCCUAAUC